AUAUCACAGUAUCCUCCCUAUUGACAUUCCAAGAGCACACGGAAGUGCUGCAAGAGUCUCCAGACCUUCUUUCUCUCUUCCCCCUCCCCCCUCUGAGAAAAAGGUCUGGCCCCCAGACUAAUAACUAAUACUGUUUCAAGUUUUAGCAUGAGAAAGUAUUUACAGACAAAGCUGGUGGUUAUUGGCAGUGUACUGUCCACUGUACUCUGGACUUUGUUUCUGUUUCACUUGUAUAGCGACAACACGGCGUUCCUCCCUAGGCCUAUAUCUGCAAAUCCAGUUACCGAGGAGGAAAAGUUGCCAGACUGUAUGCAGCUGAGGGAGGAAGAUCCCUACCCGACUAGUGGAGAACCUCUCAGUGGAAAGAAUUUGUGUGAAGCAUUCACAGGAACAAACCGUACAGUUAUUACCGAGGAGGAAAAGUUGCUAGACUGUAUGCAGCUGAGGGAGGAAGAUCCCUACCCGACUAGUGGAGAACCUCUCAGUGGAAAGAAUUUUUGUGAAGCAUUCACAGGAACAAACCGUACAGACUGUGUUUAUCUUCAUCCAGAGAUAUUUCACUAUGUCCUAUUUACAAACAAUCCGAAAGACAGCGUAUUGGGUUUUCGAGAGUUUUUGUCAAUAUAUUCAGUGGAUAAGUUUUAUAAGCCAGAGAAGAUUGUCAUACAUUGUAGCCAAUCGAUCACCGGCAAGUAUUGGGAGAUGGUGCAGAAUUUGACCACUCCUAUUGAGAUGAGACUGACGGAUCGAAUAACUACGAUUGGCAAGGAUAAAAAGAAACCAUCAUAUGUUUCCCAUGAAGCAGACUAUCUAAAAAUCAAAUCUGGCUUCAGAGACGGGGGCAUUUAUUCUGAUUUUGAUGUUGUCAUCCUCAAUGGUUCAAAAUUGCGUGAAAUGCAACGACAAUCAGAGAUAGUGAUUGGCAGAGACAACCAAGAGUGUACCAGAACUUGUGCUGGAUUUUUCUCAAGUGUUCCCGGCUCACCAUUUAUGGGGAAAUGGUUGGACAGUUACGAGAAUAACUACAGGUCUGGAUGGAUAGACAAUGCAGGACAUGUGCCAGCUCGAAUACUACACCAUUGCCCAGAAUGUCAUCGUGACAUAACUGUUGAUUAUCACAUGAGUAAUUGGAAUGACGCUGUGGCUAAAAACUGGUUGAAGGAAGGAGGGCUUGAGUGGAGGCAAAAAGCAGUGGCUCACUAUAUGAACGCGGGGUUUAUGAAACCAUUAAAACCACCAAAUGAAUUACUUAGUAUGUCGACUCCAUUCUCAGAGAUGGUAAAGUUUGUACUAGGGGACACAAUCAACGAUUUUAUCUUCUAACUUAUAACAGGUAUAUUAUACUCUAGCCAGCAAUUGAACUGUGUGCAUUCAACAUAAAAAUUUUUUUACGAGAAUACUUUUAGUAUACUAGUCUCGCACCAGCCCCAGUUUUUCGACUUAACGUUCCAAUAGAACACAUUCGGGGCUGGUAUGACUAAAUAAUACCUGGCAACUGAAUAGAUUGAUUUUUGUCAAUCACGUAUAGUCAAUUAUGUCAUCUUUUUGUAAAAUUGCUGUUUUAUAGACAAUGAUUUAUAAAAAGAGUUAUUUAAGCCAGA